UUUCGCGGUGUGGUUGUUUGUCCGCCAUAUGACAGCCCUCUCUGCUGAUAUUUAUAAAAAGUAUUAACACGAACUUGCAAAACAAACACAUCAAUCUUCUAGUAAAUCUACAACGCAUUAUUCAUAAUAAGAAAACAUUAGAUUUGGACAUUUGAACAGGUUAUGAAUAUGGAGUCCACUGAUGACGGGGGACCGCUUAAUGUAGGGCGGUCAUCAGGAGAGGAGAACUAUUUCCUGGGGUACACUUUCACCGAUCGGUCCCACUCCAGUCGGGUGGUGAAGAGUAUCAUGGACUUGUGUCUGGAAGAUGGCCUUUUCGCCGACGUCACCGUCGUGGUGGACGGCAAGGAGUUUCAGCUGCACAGGCUGGUACUGUCCGCCCAGAGUUGCUUCUUUCGCUCCAUGUUCACAUCAAACCUGAAAGAGGCGCACAACCGAAGCAUCGAGCUAAAGGACGUCAGUGCCCCUGUGUUCCAGUUGCUGGUGGACUACAUCUACCAUGGCACGAUCAAGCUACGGGUGGAGGACCUGCAGGACACCUAUGAGAUGGCUGACAUGUACCAACUGACCGCCCUCUUUGAGGAGUGCUCCCGCUUCCUCUCGCGAACUGUGGAGGUCAAGAACUGCUUACAGGUGAUGUGGCUGGCCGAUCGGCACAGUGACCAGGAACUAUACACGGCUGCAAAGCACUGUGCAAAGAUCCAUCUGGUUCAGCUGCACCAGACAGAAGAAUUUCUCAACCUGCCCCUGCGUCUGCUCAUGGACAUCAUCAAAGAUGGUGUUCCAAGCUCCCAGAAUCCUACAAUGGCCAUCGAUUCCUGGAUAAACCACAACAAGAUAGAACGUCAGGAGUUCUCCAAUAUGCUCCAGGAUAGUCUGAAGGAGAUUGGUGAGAAUGUCCACAUCUACCUGAUUGGGAAGGAAGAGACGCGCACGCACUCGCUGGCCGUGUCCCUCCACUGCGACGAGGACGACGCCAUCAGCGUGAGCGGCCAGAACAGCCUGUGCCACCAGAUCACGGCCGCCUGCAAGCACGGCGGCGACCUGUACGUGGUGGGCGGCUCCAUCCCCCGCCGCAUGUGGAAGUGCAACAUGCACACCAUGGACUGGGAGCGCUGCGCGCCGCUGCCCCGCGACCGCUUGCAGCACACGCUGGUCUCCGUCCUCAGCGAGGACGCCAUCUACUCCCUGGGGGGGAAGACUCUGCAGGACACCCUGUCCAAUGCCGUCAUCUACUACACCGUGCAGGACAACGUGUGGACCGAGACCAGCCAGCUGGACACGGCCGUGUCCGGGGCCGCCGGCGUCCACCUGGGCGGCACCAUCUACCUGCUGGGCGGGGAGGAGAACGACAUGGACUUCUUCACCAAGCCCUCCCGGCUCAUCCAGUGUUUCGACACGGCCUCCCAGAAAUGCCAGAUCAAGCCCUACAUGCUGCCGUUCGCCGGCUGCAUGCACGCCACCGCCCACAAGGACCUGAUCUUCGUGGUGGCGGAGGGCGACUCACUGGUCUGCUACAACCCGUUGCUGGACAGCUUCACUCGCUUGCGUUUCCCGGAGGUGUGGAGCUGCGUGCCGUCCCUGUGGAAGGUGGCGAGCUGCAACGGCUGCAUUUACGUUUUCCGGGAUAAGUGCAAGAAGGGCGAUGCCAACACGCUGAAGUUCAAUCCCGCCACCUCGGUGGUGUCCGUCAUCAAGGGCAUCAAGAUCCUCCUCACAAACUGGCAGUUUGUUCUGGCCUGAUAGACCACUCGUUGUCCUUUAAGGUGACCGCUUUCCCCCUGGAAGGAAACUUUGUGGCAACUCAUGAGCGCUCAUUGACAGUUUGGUACCCUUCCAAAGUUCAUUGACCGUUACAUCAAACACAGUGAUAAGAAAAUAGGUUUAUUCUGUGUUUUAGUUUUACUUACAUACAGUCUCUGUGUUCCUAGUGUUUCAAGUCUGUCAAGUCACAUGGCACACCAUAUAAGUGAGCAUUUAAAAUGUAUACGUCUCAUAA